AUGGGGAAGGGGUUCUGUGACUUCGUCACACCGCUCUUUGAGAUCACGUACAUGAGGGACCCGCCCCCGUUUUUCUUGGAGGGCCCCUUGGAGCGGGUUGGUGGGUGGAGUGUGUACAGGGAGCCGCCUCUCUGCAGCCGCGGCAGCGAGAAACGGUACAAGUGCACGCACCAGCAUGUUCUACACGCCCGCCUACCGUACAAGCUGUCGACCGUCACGGGGGACCCCGUUCCUAGCAUUGACAUGGAUCCUCAGCUGUUCCUUCGCUACCAACUGAACCCAUACCGGCCGCCGCACUUGCCGCCCCCACCUGGACGUGAGCAGAGCGUUUACCGUUUUUAUGGUCCGUGCCUCCGCGAGGUGUUUCUGGAGCUGGUGCCGCUGUGUCCUGGGGGCGGUACGGGCGAGGGGGUGCCCUCAGCGGCGGCGCACGGUGAGUGCGGUGUCAACGUGUACACGGAGGCCACUGGCGUCUUUGCGGACUUUGCUUGCGAGGAGGCAGGUGACCUCGCGCUUGUCUAUUCCACUCUCCCCUGUGUGAGGGAGAGGCUGCAAAUCCCCUUUUCUGCCGGCGCCGAGGCUCCGUCCCUAAUUGUGGACGAUGCGUUCAUCAUCUGGGACAGCCUUGGCCUGCUGAGCCUGAACGAGCUGAGUGACACGGGCGCGCUGCACACGGAGGAUGCGUGGGAUUAUUUCUUUGAUUGGCAUCUGCCUCAGUGA